UGUUAUUUGAAGACUGUAGUUUACACAGUGUUUUUAUAGAAUUAUAAGGCAGUGUUUAUAUCCAGAGGAAUUUAGAGACUCGUUGUGACUUUGAGGGGGAAACUUCCAUACCCGCUGACCUGUAGGAUCAUAGAAAUUUUUCUAGUUCUGAACAUCUUCAACAAAUAGUAAGUACUAUUUACUUUACUUUUCUGAGUUUUAAUUGCCAAGACAAACAUUGCAUCAGUAUUUUAUGUGAAGUUUGACUUAAAAAGUCAUAUUUACAAGAUCACUAAUUUUAAGGUAUUUUUACAGAAUCAUGGGCCGACGCAAGAGUAACAGAAAGCCUCCUCCAAAAAGAAAGGCGGUUGAGCCCUUGCCAGUGGAGUUCAACUGCCCAUUCUGCAAUCACGAGGGAUCGUGUGAUGUGACGAUGGAUAGAGGACGUAGAUAUGCGAAGAUAGCGUGUCGAGUUUGUUUCGAGGACUUCCAGACAACCAUCCACUUCUUGACAGAGCCUAUUGAUGUCUACAAUGAUUGGAUAGACGCGUGUGAGACUGCCAACUGAAUCCCCACUGCGUAUGCAUUGCGGUUCUGGUUUGUAACUGAAGAAUGAAAAUUAUCAAUAAGGGCAGUUUUGUAUCUUUUUUAUUAAUAAAAUAUUGCAUGUAUUGUAUAGUUAUGGCUUGAUACGGAUAAAAAUUGUAUUCACAUUUAUAUUGCAUAGAUUAAUUUGUAAAUAUAUUUUAUGUUAUACGCAUGUGUUUGUAUGAAAUUUUAUUUUGUAUCUACCUUAUUCCGUUUAAAUAUUUGAAACAUAAAUUUACAACGAUUUUCUUAAUUGAGAUAUUGUAGAAGCUCCCUUAUAAACCAAUCCUUAAAUGUAAGCAUCCAGCAGAAACCAUUGGAGAAGAAGCAGGAAAUUCCCGUAGAGGAGCAAUAUUUUCGGAAUCCCACUAAUUGUACAACUGUCUUCGCCGUGACACCCUGC